AUGGAACCAAGGCUCACAUGUGUGGUUCUGCUCGUGAUCUCUCUUUACGAUAACUUCAUGAGAUCUGUCGCAGUUGACCUUUACCCCCAUGGUUCCAGCAGUAACGAUGACGUCAUCAAGCCUGACCAUCUUCCUUUAAACAACAACACGAUAUUUGCCAGCGACGCCAUCCACUUCAGUGCUGGAGUUCCUUUCAAACGGAACCAACAUCUCGAGACUGUCGCCCAUGUCUUGACUAACGGAGUCAUUGUGUUUGGGGAGGGCCGUUUGGAAAUUUCUGGAAGUCCUGAUUUAAAAUUUGCCUUUGACAGAAAACAAAGUAUUGUUGCUCCAUUCUGGGCAGACAUCCACCCUAGUAGAGGUAAGGUCUACUACCACCUGUACGAAAAAUGCGAAGCACAAGCAUUUGAUAACGUCACAUCUUCGGAGUCUUCUCCCAGGAAAGUUGACGUCAUGAGUCGAGCUGAGAAGGACAUCGUGACCUACUUUCAGCUGGAGAGUUUCGAGACGAGUACAGUUUUAGUGGCCACAUGGGUUGGGGUCCAGCCUUACUCAACUCAUACAAACGAGAGCAACACAUUUCAAGCAGUUUUUGUCAGUGGAUGGCCCAGACGGAAGGUUAACGACAUGGAAUGGCUCGAGGACGAGACUUCCUAUGCUGUGUUUGUUUACCAAUCCAACAAUAUGACGUGGCCGUACCUCAAGGGUCGGCCAAUCAACAUCGGCGUCACUGGGGAUCAGGUGAAACAAAUGGCCAACACCAACACCUCAGCUGUCAGCAAACUAGACUCGAUCACAGGCAACACAGGGUUGAAAGGUGUUUUAGCCUACCAGCUCGCGAGCAGCACCAGCCCAGCCUCCAAGUGCCACAGGUACUUGUGCAACCACGUGCAGCUCCUGUCUAACGCCACCUACCAGACAGACGUGUACCAGCAGCCGGCGUGUCCGUGUACACUGGACAGGCUGGGGUUUCCAUGGCAACUGUACGAGAGGCGGGGAGACAUUCACUGUUACGUCAUCGGUGCUGUGGACAAACUCGAAUACUUCCAGUUUCACUCAGCCAACAAGUUGUGCUGCUACAAGGUGCCCCACCACGACUGUAGCGCUGACCUUGGCAGUGAGAAAACAAAAAGUUCCUACAUGUCCAGAUGUCCAGACUCAGGGCAUGUCGUACCGGGGGACCCCUGGACACAGCCAGGUCGCUCCACGGUGCAGGAAAACGUCGAGGCACAUCAGCUCUGCUGCGCCUACUCGUCUGAUAGUCUGUGUGGAAGAUUUUAUAAAAUCUUCCCUGAAUCAGGAUGUUCUACUGCUGUUAGCUUUGGCUCGGCAUAUAUAUUUGGCGACCCCCAUGUCAUAACAUUUGACAGUUAUACGUACACAUUAAAUGAACUGGGCGAGUUCACGCUGAUGAAUGUCUCGUCACAGAAUUUUGAGCUACAGAUGAGAACAGAGAGAGCGAGAAAUGUGAAUGGAACAUUUACAAACGCUACGAUCGUGUCAGCUAUAGCAGCCAGAGAGGGGGACAACUCUAUACUUGUCGAGAUUUCACCAGCAAAAACAAGUAUGCUCGUCUCUUUAAAUGGGAAGGAUGUGACACACAGUUUUUACCAAGAUGAAAAUUACCAUUUGUUUUUAAACAAUAUCAGUAUCUUGAGGGAAUGUAGUAGAAACAAGGCAAGAAUAAGUGUAACAUUCCCGUGUGGUGUUACCAUAAAGGCAAAUACAGGUGUAAAUAACCUUGAACUUGUCGUGGAGGCAGAUAAAAAAUUGAUGGGACAGACCAAAGGACUUUUAGGAACAUUCAACAACAACACAAUAGAUGAGAUAAUCAUGUCAAAUGGUGCAUAUGUUGAUGGGGCUGAUGAAAAAACCAGAUUGACUCUUUUCGCAGGGAGUUGGCGUGUAGGUCCAGAUAACUCCACCUUUAAAUAUGUAGGCAACCAUGCCUCACUUCCCUUCAACCAAUCAGACUUCUCGCCACUAUUCUCUUAUCAAAUCCAAACUAAUGCUGCAGCCGACUCAGUAGAAUACAAACUAUGUGGUGCAGACAAUAAACAGUGUGUCUUUGAUUAUCUGGUGACCCAGGAUGUAAAAUUUGCAACAAAUACCAGAGACUUCAUGGCUGCUGUACAAUCUAGGAAUCAGAUAUUAGGAAACAAGCCACCAUGUGUGUUAUUACCAAAUGAACAAGACCUCAACAGCGAGAAAUGGAUUGUAACUCAAGGCAAGAAGAACAUUCUGACGCUAAAUGCUACAGAUUCAGACCAUGACAAUGUCAUUAUUGAAGUCAUGGACCUAUUGCCUGAUCUAAGUUAUAAUACAUCAGCCAGAAGAAUUGAAUACUUUCCAAAUGUCUCUCAACCAAUUAAACUCAGUUUGAGAGCUAAAGACGAGAGAGGCAGCUACAGCUCCAUGUCCUACAUCCAGGUGGCUGUGUGUCUGAGCUGUAGUGGACGUGGUCAGUGUGACACUAACUCCACCUUACAGCCUGACUUUUAUAAUGGAUACUUUGAAACUUUAAAAUGUAUUUGUGACUCAGCUUAUACAGGCCCUAACUGUGAAACUGAGCUGAAUGCUUGUGACAGUAGACCUUGCUCAAUGUACCAGAACUGCACAGACCUACCAGCAAGUGACCACGACAACAUAGGAUACAAGUGUGGACCUUGUCCAUCUGGCUUUGUGAAUCUUGAUGAAAAAUGUGUUGACAUAGAUGAAUGUCAAACCACAAAUUAUAAUCAGGGAUGUACCAACACUGAAGGGUCAUUUGAAUGUUUGUAUUCUAAUGCUACAUGCAAUGAUAAUAACAAGAUAACUGUUAACAAUACAUGUUCUUGUAAUGUUGAACACAUCAUCAAUGUUAACAAUCCAAUAUCCACAGCAUGUGAAUUCCCCACCUAUGGAGAGAACUGCUCACAGGUGUGUGAGUGUAAUGGGCGUGGUGUGUGUGACCCAGUCAGUGGCUGCAGAUGUGACGUCGGGUGGACUGGCACCAGAUGUGAUACAGAUGUUGAUGAGUGUGUGGUCAAUGGGCCAUGUCCAGCAGGGCAGUUGUGUUGGAAUACUAAUGGGUCAUUCAUAUGCUACUGCCCUCUAGGAUAUGUAAUGAAAGAUGGCCAAUGUACAGAAUGUGAAGACAAUUUUUAUGGAUCCAAUUGUCUUAAUCACUGUGAAUGUGGACCUCAAUCUGUCUGUAACAAAAUCAAUGGAUCGUGUGCCUGCAUUGAAGGCUGGGAGGGAGAUAACUGUGAUAAAGAUGUUGAUGAAUGUGCAGAGAAGGUGGCCAACUGCAGCUCUACAGAAGUUUGUGUUAACACAGAAGGAGGGUUUGUCUGUGAAUGUCAACCUGGCUGGGGAAGAAUCUCUGAUGGUUGUCAAUGUGAAGACUUGGAUCUUUGUUCUGGAAAUAUUUGUCUGGAAGGAUGUGUUGAAACAAAAGAAAAUACAAGUUUCGUCUGUGUAUGCAAUGUUGGCAAGACUCUAAAUUUAGAUGGAGUUUCAUGCUCAGGUUGUGCAAGAGGCUACUAUGGCCCAGGUUGUGUUGAAAGGUGUAGCUGUGCAAUGCAAAACACAGAACAGUGCAACAAAGUGGAUGGCACUUGUGGUUGUAGCGAGGGCUGGAAUGGCAGCAACUGUGAGCUAGACAUUGAUGAAUGUCAAGUACACAAUAUUUGUCAAGAAAAUUCUUACUGCAUAAACACCAAUGGAAGUUUUUCUUGUGUGUGCCAUGAUGGCUAUUUUGUACGAAAUGCUAGUAACCAAACUUGUGAAGAAUGUGAUGACAACUUUUUUGGCCCAUCUUGCCAGAACAAUUGUUCGUGUGGGCCACAAUCUGUCUGUAACAAAACUGAUGGAACAUGUUCCUGUUCUGAAGGCUGGAAAGGAGAUAAAUGUGACGAAGAUGUAGAUGAAUGUGCAGCACCAAGUGACAUUUGUAACUCUACAAACUAUGAAAAAUGUACAAAUACACCUGGUGGAUUUACUUGUAAUUGUAUUGAAGGACGAUGGAAACACUGUAAUGACUGUGAAUGUAUAGAAUGUCCAGAACUUAAGUACGGUUUCAACUGCAGUCAAGAAUGUGGAUGUGUCAAUUCAUUGGAUAAAAUGUGUGAUAAGUUUAGUGGUUCUUGUAGAUGUGAAGACGGCUGGAAUGGAUUAAAAUGUGACGCAGAAUGUGAGAAUGGAACAUUUGGACACAACUGCUCCCAAAAUUGUAGCUGUGUUACAUCAAACACUGCCUACUGUAAUAAAGUAAAUGGCUCAUGUGUAUGUAAACAAGGAUGGACUGGAGACAGAUGUCAAACUGAUGUUGAUGAAUGUGGAGACAAAAUAUUUGAUUGUCCUGAACAUUCUAAUUGUGUCAACACAAAUGGAUCUUAUGAUUGUGACUGUAUUGAUGGUUUUAAAAAGACAAUUUUAAAUAAAACACAAUGCAUAGAAUGUGAGAAUGGAAAAUUUGGAAACAGCUGCUCCCAAAAUUGUAACUGUGUUACACCAAACACUGACUACUGUAAUAAAGUUAAUGGCUCUUGUGUAUGUAAACAAGGAUGGACUGGAGACACAUGUCAAACUGAUGUUGAUGAAUGCAGAAACAAAACAUUUGAUUGUCCUGAACAUUCUAAUUGUGUCAACACAAAUGGAUCCUAUGGUUGUGACUGUAUUGAUGGUUUCAAAAAGACUAUUUUAAAUAAAGCACAAUGCAUAGAGUGUGAGAAUGGAACAUUUGGACACAACUGCUCCCAAAAUUGUAGCUGUGUUACAUCAAACACUGACUACUGUAAUAAAGUUAAUGGCUCUUGUGUAUGUAAACAAGGAUGGACUGGAGACCGAUGUCAAACUGAUUUUGAUGAAUGUGGAAACAAAACGUUUGAUUGUCCUGAAAAUUCUAAUUGUGUCAACACGAAUGGAUCUUAUGAUUGUGACUGUAUUGAUGGUUUUAAAAAGACUAUUUUAAAUAAAGCACAAUGCAUAGAAUGUGAGAAUGGAACAUUUGGACACAACUGCUCCCAAAAAUGUAGCUGUGUUACAUCAAACACUGACUACUGUAAUAAAGUUAAUGGCUCUUGUGUAUGUAAACAAGGAUGGACUGGAGACAGAUGUCAAACUGAUGUUGAUGAAUGUGGAGGCAAACUAAUUGAUUGUCCUGAACAUUCUAAUUGUGUCAACACAAAUGGAUCUUAUGAUUGUGACUGUAUUGAUGGUUUUAAAAAUACUAUUAUAAAUAAAACACAAUGCAUAGAAUGUGAGAAUGGAACAUUUGGACACAACUGCUCCCACAAUUGUAGCUGUGUUACAUCAAACACUGACUACUGUAAUACAGUUAAUGGCUCUUGUGUAUGUAAACAAGGAUGGACUGGAGACAGAUGUCAAACUGAUUUUGAUGAAUGUGGAAACAAAACGUUUGAUUGUCCUGAACAUUCUAAUUGUAUCAACACAAAUGGAUCUUAUGAUUGUGACUGUAUUGAUGGUUUUAAAAAGACUAUUUUAAAUAAAGCACAAUGCAUAGAAUGUGAGAAUGGAACAUUUGGACACAACUGCUCCCAAAAUUGUAGCUGUGUUACAUCAAACACUGACUACUGUAAUAAAGUUAAUGGCUCUUGUGUAUGUAAACAAGGAUGGACUGGAGACAGAUGUCAAACUGAUUUUGAUGAAUGUGGAGACAAAAUAUUUGAUUGUCCUGAACAUUCUGAUUGUGUCAACACAAACGGAUCUUAUGAUUGUGACUGUAUUGAUGGUUUUAAAAAGACUAUUAUAAAUAAAACACAAUGCAUAGAAUGUGAGAAUGGAACAUUUGGACACAACUGCUCCCACAAUUGUAGCUGUGUUACAUCAAACACUGACUACUGUAAUACAGUUAAUGGCUCUUGUGUAUGUAAACAAGGAUGGACUGGAGACAAAUGUCAAACUGAUUUUGAUGAAUGUGGAAACAAAACGUUUGAUUGUCCUGAACAUUCUAAUUGUAUCAACACAAUUGGAUCUUAUGAUUGUGACUGUAUUGAUGGUUUUAAAAAGACUAUUUUAAAUAAAGCACAAUGCAUAGAAUGUGAGAAUGGAACAUUUGGACACAAUUGCUCCCAAAAUUGUAGCUGUGUUACAUCAAACACUGACUACUGUAAUAAAGUUAAUGGCUCUUGUGUAUGUAAACAAGGAUGGACUGGAGACAGAUGUCAAACUGAUGUUGAUGAAUGUGGAGGCAAACUGAUUGAUUGUCCUGAACAUUCUAAUUGUAUCAACACAAAUGGAUCCUAUGAUUGUGACUGUAUUGAUGGUUAUAAAAAGACUAUUAUAAAUAAAACACAAUGCAUAGAAUGUGAGAAUGGAACAUUUGGACACAACUGCUCCCAAAAUUGUAGCUGUGUUACAUCAAACACUGACUACUGUAAUAAAGUUAAUGGCUCUUGUGUAUGUAAACAAGGAUGGACUGGAGACAGAUGUCAAACUGAUUUUGAUGAAUGUGGAAACAAAACGUUUGAUUGUCCUGAACAUUCUAAUUGUAUCAACACGAAUGGAUCUUAUGAUUGUGACUGUAUUGAUGGUUUUAAAAAGACUAUUAUAAAUAAAACACAAUGCAUAGAAUGUGAGAAUGGAACAUUUGGACACAACUGCUACCAAAAUUGUAGCUGUGUUACAUCAAACACUGACUACUGUAAUAAAGUUAAUGGCUCUUGUGUAUGUAAACAAGGAUGGACUGGAGACAGAUGUCAAACUGAUGUUGAUGAAUGUGGAGACAAAAUAUUUGAUUGUCCUGAAAAUUCAGAAUGUAUGAAUAAUGAAGGAUCUUAUGAUUGUUCCUGUAAAGAAGGUUUUUCAGAAAAGUUUACUGAAAAAAAAGUUUGUGAAGAACUUGUGAGUGUCAAACAUAUAAUUACUGUUGUUACUUUCCAAUAUAAUGCUAGCCUCAGUUUCCUAACACAAGAAUUUUCAGAUGACUAUAAGCAACUUAAAUACGAUGUUGAAAUUAAUCUUCUUGAAAAACUAAAACUGCAAGUAGUCUCAGUUUUAUCAGUAACAGUAAACACAUUGAAGAAGGGUAGCCUUAUAGCUAACAGUACUGUGAGAGUUAAUAUUUUGAACAAGGCUGAUAAUGCUGAAUAUCUCAUCGCCAAUGCAUUUCACAAAAUUAUGCUAAAUGAGAAGAACAUACAACUUAAAUCCACUCCUGCACCAAUACUUGCUAUGAGCCUAAAUGGGAAAACAAUCAGUGCAGCAGACAAACCUUGUGAUGUGAAGAUUAAAAUGGAUCCCUGUAAUAUAACUGAGAAGUGCCAGCAGAUAGGAGAAGUUGCAAAAUGCAUUCAUUGGCAGGAGAAAGAUCACAAUAAUUUUAUAAUUGGUUUGAGUGUUGGUGUAUCACUCUUCGUAAUACUAAUUCUCACUGUGGCUAUAAUAGUCUACAUAGUGUAUAAGAAGAAAAGUUCAAAAAUACAGAAGAAAAAAUCAACAGAAAAGAAGAAAAUAAUUCAUAAGAAAAGAAAAAAGAAAACCAAACCAACAAAAUCUGUGAGUAAAAUACCUGCAGGUUCGCCAGUCUUACCUGUGGCAUCUACCUUUCAGAGUGGUAAAAACAAUUCACGUCAGGAAGGAAGUCAAGUACCAGCUUGGGUUGACUAUGUUCCAUUAAAUGUAAACUACUCACAGCAAAAGUCAAGGAACUAUUCUCAUUCUGCUGAGACUUCAAGGCCGUACAUACCAAAUAUGAGUUAUGACCCACACAAUGAGAUGUUUGGCCCACCCCAUCAACGUUAUUACCCCCAGCAUCAAGGUUAUGAUCGACAUAAAAAAACCUUUGACCCUGAUUAUGAAACUUAUGACUCUCAUCAGAUUUAUGACUCACAAACACUGAGUUAUGACCAGCGUCAACAGAGAUAUAAAACCCCACUUCAAACCUAUGACUCAUAUCAUGAAACGUAUGACUCCCACCAACUUGAUGACUUCCAUUAUCAAACGUAUGACUCCAAUAAACAUUAUAACUCACAACAUCAAAGUUAUGACGCCCAUCAACGUUAUGACUCCAAUCAACUUUAUGACUCCCACUAUCCAAGUUAUGAGCUCUCAAGUUAUGGAUUCAAUGGUCAAAACAAAAACAGAGAUCACAGAACACAUAGAGAGGUGUAUGGAAGAAAUGACAAUCCUCACAGCAAGGGUUAUUCUACAAAUUAUUUCUGAUUUCAUCUAAAUAUUUGACUUUACAAAUCUCAUUUUAUUUAUUUUAAUGUUGCCUGAUGAGUAAAAUAUUAAUGAUAAGGUUUUAGAAUUAUAUUUAAGGCAUAUUUAUUUAUAUUUCAAUAAAAUAUAUGUAUAUAAAAUAACUUGUUGUUUCUUUCAUCAAUGUUGUGUGUUAUCUUGAAGCUGUUUUAUUUAUACUAUGGUAAAACAUAUUACAUGUCAUUGUUUUAAACUGCUUACCCAUUGUGUGAAUAAUAUCUUUUAUUUACCUUUCCCAACUGAGUCAUUCUCCUGUAUAAUGAAAUAUUUAGUAGCAUGUUUAUUUCAAUACUUAGGGUUACAUGAAAAUAUAUCUAUAAAUAGGCAUAAUAUAAAUAAGUACCAAAUCUGGAAAGCAAUUGCAUUUUACAACACAUAAAUGGAGUUAUAAAAAAUUUUAAGUUUUUAUCUCUUUCUCUCUUUAUGCCUAGACCAUCACUGUUCUGAAGGUUAAGUUUGAUAAAAAAAAAAGUAGUAUAUAGUACCAUCAUGUUUAUAGUUAAAAUUUUGUUUAGAAUUAAGAACUUCAUUUGUUAUUAAUUUAAUUUAUGCUUUAAUUAUUUUUGCUACCUUAAUUAUAAUAAGUUACUAAUUACAAUAAUUGAAUAUAUCCUACUAAUUAUGUAUUGUAUAUGUCAAACAGCAUUACAU